AUUCGACCAAAGACGACGACGACGACCAAGUGUUCUCGAUUCUCAGCGUGCGGAUCUUCUCUCUCCCAAAAAACCCGAAUCGAUCGAGCGAGCGAGCGAUAAUGGCCAACAGUAAUCUCCCCCGAAGAAUCAUCAAGGAAACGCAACGUCUGCUCAGUGAACCCGGAGGAGUUUUCAAGUUGGAGCUCUUUUUGCCUGAAGAAUACCCUAUGGCUGCUCCCAAGGUUAGGUUUCUCACCAAGAUAUACCAUCCUAACAUUGAUAAGCUUGGAAGAAUCUGUCUUGAUAUUCUGAAAGACAAAUGGAGCCCUGCUUUACAAAUACGAACAGUGCUCUUAAGUAUUCAAGCUCUUCUGAGUGCACCCAACCCUGAUGAUCCCUUGUCUGAGAACAUCGCUAAGCACUGGAAGAGUAAUGAGGCCGAAGCUGUGGAGACAGCUAAGGAAUGGACCCGUCUUUACGCAAGCGGCGAAUGAUGCGCAGUCGAGGGCGAAAAGAUCUCAUUCAUCCAAAUAACAUUACCUUUGGUGAAGUCUUAUCUUUUGUUGGUUCUUUUUAUCAUUAUGAAAAAACGUGUUUUAUGGGACACGAAGUUGUAAUCUCUCUGAAUGAUGUUUUCAUUAACUAAUAGGGUCAAGACUCGUUCAUCCAAAUAACAAUACAUUCACUAGUUGCAUUCCAAACGAAAUAGAUAAAGGCCAUUGUAU